AAUGUUUUUUUCUUAAAUAUAUUUUUUGCAGUGGCUUUGCCUCCAGAGAAGACAGAUGGAGUUUGCAGUGGAGAUGAAAAGAAAGCAGAAAAAGAAAGUGACACACGCGCAGGUUCCAAGAAGCAACUAAAAUUUGAAGAAUUGCAAUGUGAUGUGUCUGUAGAGGAAGAUAACAGGCAAGAAUGGACCUUCACACUGUAUGACUUUGAUAACAACGGAAGAGUCACACGUGAGGAUAUUACCAGCUUGCUUCAUACCAUCUAUGAGGUAGUUGAUGCAUCAGUAAACCAUUCUCCUAGUUCCAGUAAAACUCUGCGAGUGAAACUUACUGUGGCACCAGAUGGCAGCCAGAAGAAGAAAAGUAUAUUGUUAAAUCAUACUGAUUUGCAGAGUGCAAGGCAUAGGGCUGAAAGCAAAGCCAAUGAAGAGUUAAGGAGCUCUGAAAAAAAGCAACGGGCUUCUCUCAGAUAUCACCAGAGUGAGAACAAUCCAGAGCAAAGUGAGUGCUAUCGUCAUUGUGUUGAUGAGAACAUUGAAAGGAGAAACCACUAUUUGGAUCUUGCAGGAAUAGAAAACUACACAUCAAAGUUUGGGCCAGGAUCUCCUCCAGCAGUUCAAAAACAUGACCCACCAAGCAGAGUUGUGAGUCAAACUAGAUCCCGUUCUCAUGAACCUGAAACCUUCCAUGCCCACCAUAGGAAAUCUCAAGUGGUGGAUCCAAGCCACAUCAAUCUGGCUGAGAGUUCUUAUGCCAAGAUUGCAGAAAUCCAACAGAGGCUCCGGAACCAGGACUCAAACAAGCACUUUGUGAGAUCUCCCAAGGCCCAGGGUAAAAAUGUUGCUCCUGUGCAUUCUGGAAGGGCAGUAAGAAAUAAACCUUUUCAAGCAGGGGCCAUGUCAAUGGCUUCCCCAAGUGCACGGGUGGGCCAGAAUCUUCCUUAUCUCCCCUUGCAGUCUCAACAGGUUCACAAGAAGCAUAAGCAGAGAGCAAAGGAGAAUCACCAAAUGUGCAAAACCUUCCAGUCUCCAGGGACAGUUGUGGAAAAGGAACAUGUGAGAGACCUGCCAACAGUCAUUCUAUAUGAAGGUCAAGUUGGACAAAUGAUACAGAGACAUGAACACCACCACCACCACGAGCACCACCACCACUACCAUCACUUCUACCAGACAUAAAACGGAUCCCACCAACAUCCUCCAGGAAUCAUCCCAUAUGAAGGAAGCACGUUCUUGUGACACCAGAACUAAGGCAUUACUGAUUAAUAUUAUUGUUACUCCAUUAAUAUUCAGCUAGCAUUUAUUUUAGAGGUUAUAUGGAAUUCUUGAAACUUACCCUAUUUAUAUGUUGUGGAACUGCAUAGCUUACUUAAACAACUUGUGGAUUUUUUUUUUUUAAGUGGCUUGUAAAACAGCAAACAGCCAUAGCUUUUUGAGCUGUGAUUUAAUGCAGGUCGUCAACGCACUUCUUUACAAGUACUACUUCCAUUGUAGAAGGAAAGAUACUUCAAACACUAUUGCAGACAUCUAGCUUACCAGUCUGCUUGCUGUAUGUCGGCUGAUCGCACACAAGCCUUUUAUCAGGGGAGCAAUGUUCGAAAUUUUGGACUCCAGAGAUGCUCAGAAUAACAGAAAAUACAAACAGCUGCUACCUCUACUAUUAUUCAGAUUUUAUUUUCUUUUUAUUGAUUGUAAUGUGCUACAGGGGGAAUUUUAAUAUACUGCAUUGGUGUAGCCUGUUUGUGUUCACAUCCUUUCAAAUUAUCUUAAUUAGCUGGAAAUAUUAGCUAUACUUGUCAACAGAGCUACAUCUGUACAACUUCACUUUAUUUUCUUUGAGAUUCUUCACUGACACAAAUACAGUUUGUUAUGUCUGGGUAGUAUUUAAAUACACUUUUUUUUUCUCUUGCUUACUCUACAUUCUGUUUGGGGUAACCAUUUGAAAAGAGGAGGAUGUGAAAUGGUGUUCUCAAAACCAUCACUAAACUUUAGUGCUUGGGCCAUAAGUAUAAUUGAUGGGGGUUUGGGAAGGAGAGGGGUUAUUUAGGGUUUUUGUUUUGUUUAAAUCCACAGUUCUUUGUUUUGAGAAAGAAUUGAGGAAAAUAUACUUUCUCACUUUAAAUGUUGGCAAAUAUAUAUAAGAUAUAAAUAUAAAUAUAUAUAUAUAAAUAUGCACACUCUCAGGUACAUUUUGUUGUGUUUUAGAGAUCUGUGGUUUGAGUAUUAACAUAAUGAUUUUUUUCAGUAACAGUGACAUUAUGAAACACGUAACAUGGCAUUUUCAUAGGUGCCUCCAAUUUAAAUUUCUGCAGCACCUACCAGUUUGUGAUUCUCCCAUUUUAGAGACAAUUCAACAUGUAAAAAAAGAUCUUUCACAGUCAUUCUGGCCUCUUCUGCUUUUUUUAUAUCAAAGAGCUUCCUUUCCAUGAGGGAGAAUGAGACCAUGCUCACAAGACCUUACUGGCUGCUGAGAAAUUUGAAAGUCGAAAGCAAAUUGGAAAAGUGAAAAAAGGGUCAGUCCAAUCAAGAUUUACUUUCUGUGGGGCCCAGCUUUAUGAUACAUUUGGUUGGGUUUUACAAAAGUCACUGUUUUGCAGGUGGAAAGUGACUGAAAAUCGCCUAUGUUGCUUUUGGUACUUUGAAGUAGGGAACUCCUCACAUAAAAAUAUAACUGUUCUAUCAAACAUAUUUGCUUUUGGUUUUAAUUAUUUUAAAUGUUGUGGUAUUUUGUCUAUAGUAUAUAUUGUAAAAUGUAACUAUCCCACAUUGUUAUAAGCCCUUCAUGACUAUCUUUUCUCUGACUAGAGUUGAUCCAAAAAGGAGUGCUGACCAGAACUGCUGACCACUUUUAGAGGGAUGUUGCCCUUCCUCAGAAUGCAGAGACGUCAACUUUUAAAUAAAAAGUUGAAGGCUUUGCCUUCUUUUGGAAUGGGAAUAGAAUCGCUGCUUCUUGGUAAAUAAGUCCAUCUUUUGUCUCCCUGAAUCAGCAGUUGUUUGGGCUUCUUGUCCUCUUUAAAAAAAAUAUAUGCUUUUUUUUUUU